CAAACAUUGAUUGAUAACUGAAGACUUAUUGUUCACUGCACUGUUGUUAUGUUUGAUUAUCUUUCUUGAAAGCUACUUGCCAAUGGUGAAGGCUGAUAUGAAGAAGAUUCAACCAGAAGCAUCAAAGCAAAUGAAAUCAUCAACGUCUUCAGCACCAUCAUCAUGCAAGAAGAAGUAUAAAGGUGUGAGAAUGAGGAGCUGGGGUUCUUGGGUGUCAGAGAUUAGGGCUCCAAAUCAGAAGACAAGAAUCUGGUUAGGGUCUUAUUCUACGCCAGAAGCUGCCGCAACAGCCUAUGAUGCUGCACUGCUAUGCCUCAAAGGUACAUCGGCAAAUCUCAACUUCCCCAUCACUUCUUCACAUUACAUCCCCGAUGGUGUUUUGUCUCCCAAGUCAAUACAAAGAGUGGCCGCUGCAGCUGCAAAUAGUUUCGUCGACAGUGCCACCGCCACCACCCCAGCAAUAUCGCCGCCACCUUCCUCCUCUUCGUCAGCCUCUUCCUCACCAUCUGAUCAAGUCGUUGAUUAUGUUGAUGAUGAUGAUUACAUGUCACUAAUACAAACUCUUGUAGCAAACGAUGAGCCUAUUUCUCUGAUUGAACCAUGGUACACCUCCUUUGAUCAGAUGUUGAAUGUGUCCUCAUUUGUUCCGCCCUCAACGAUAAAUGAUUUCUACGAUGAAGGUGAUGAUAUUCCGCUGUGGAGUUUUUGCUAAGGUCAAGCAUUAAAC